UUAAUAAAAUUUGUUAUUUAAUUUAGUAUGAAAUAUUAUUUCACUCUGUUAAUAGUGACAGUGUAUUUGUUUGGACGUGGUGAUAUUAGAGGCUAUGAAGAUCGAAUUUUAAAUGAAAAUGUUGGAUUAAAUACGGAGUCAUUGGUAACCAAAUACAAUUAUCCAUUUGAAUAUCAUUCGACGAUAACAGAAGAUGGGUACAUUUUGAGUAUUCAUCGAAUAUCGCAUAGCCCAAAAAAUUUACCCAACCAGGAAAAUGAACGACGCCCAGUUAUAUUUAUGCUAAGUGGUUUAUGGUGUAAUUCAGGAGCAUGGCUAUUAACUGGUCCCGAAAAGAGUUUAGGUUUUUUACUAGCCGAUCGUGGAUACGAUGUAUGGAUGGGAAAUAACCGGGGUACAACUCAUUCGCGCAAUCAUACAACAUUAAAUCCUGAUAAAGGUUCUGCGUUUUGGGAUUUUAGUUUUGAUGAAAUGGGUGCUUACGAUCUGCCAGUAAUGAUCGAUUAUGUAUUAAAUUACACAAAUCAAGAAUAUGUAACAUUUAUUGGACAUUCACAAGGGUCUACAGCAUUCUUCGCAUUACUUUCAGAACGUCCUGAAUAUAAUGACAAAAUUAAAUUGGCUAUAAAUUUUGCGCCAGCUGUAUAUUUGAGUAGUGCUCAAAAUCCAUAUUUACCGUAUGUGAAUAACAAUAUUAAUAAAAUAAAGAUUACGCUGAAAUUAAUGGGAAUUCAUGAAAUAUUGCCAAUGAGCCCUUGGAUAUUUAAUACUUCAAAUAAAUUCUGCAAUGAUGAUGCUAUUACGCAAGAUAUAUGUAUGGAACUAAUUUUCAUGUUUGGAGGUCCUAGUCAUGACCAAUUUAAUAAAACUUUAAUUAAUGUAAUUACAACGCACAUACCUGCAGGAGCAUCAGCUCGUCAAAUUUAUCAUUUAAUGCAGACCUAUGAUACGGGAUUAUUUCGAAAAUAUGAUUUUGGAAAGCGUAAAAAUAACAAGAUAUAUGGAACACCAGAGCCACCCACAUAUAAUGUAUCCAAAGUAACUGUGCCAACAUUCUUGUAUGCAGGCGGGCGUGAUUGGAUGGCGGAUGUUAAGGAUGUUACUAAAUUAUCAAAAGAAUUGCCAAAUUCGAUUGGAAUACAAAUCGUGGACAAUAUGAGCCAUAUUGAUUUUGUAUGGGCAAUUGAUGUUGUGCCGUUAGUAUAUGAAUCAGUAUUUGAAAUUUUAGAAAAAUACACAUAAGUUUUUUAUUUUUGUUUAA